CACUACCGCUGCUGUUACGUCUUCUUUUUCUUCUUCUUCUUCUGCUUCUGCUACUGCUGCUGCUGCUGCUGCUGUCGUUCUCGUCUUCAACAACAGUCAGCCAGUCAGACGGUCGAACAUGCUUGUGUUUGUGUGAGUGGUAAUGGAUGUGGGUGUGUGUAUUGUGUGUGAUUUGAAUGUAAAGCGACACCUGUAACAAACAGCACGGCCUAGUUAAGUAGAUAGAUAGGUGGGUGCUUUAGUGUGUCAGUCACAGUUGCUUCAGUACCACCAAGCAGACGACAUCGCCAUCGUCGAAGUCUUUUGUUUUCAUCGGUCAGAGGAGGAACAAAAAAAAUCACACUACACGAUCCUUACAAUUUCUUCUCAUAUUUAUUAUUUCAAUUUCAUUAAUAUUAUCAAAAUUAUUAUUAUUAUUUCUGAUUUGACUGAAAACAAAAGGCAAAACAAAAUACUUUUAACGAGACAUUUAAAAAACAAAAUUCUUUUAUUCUUUUUACAUUGCACACACACACGUACUGACAGUCAACAGUAAAAUUAGUUUUCGCUGUGGUUGAUAUAAAGAUGACAUAAUGAUAUUUGGAUAACUUUGUUCAUAUUUUAAGGGUACCACAAGGAAAGUUACCCUACUUACUAUACUACAAAAGGAAAAAGGAUUAUUAUUUUACCCGACUGAACAAAAAUCUGAAGAUGAGUUUUUUCAGCUGGAGAAGAAAAUCUUUAAAUAUUAGCGAAGAGGAUCCAGCUUACAAAGUCCGUUAUCUAGGUAACAUUCACACGUGUAUGAUGAAAGGAGAAGGGUGUGUGGAUAAACCUGCUUCUAUUUUAUGGAAUAACUACCUUCAAAGUUCGCAUCAAGCCCUCGACAUGAAAAUUGUUGUGUCAGUAAGCGGCAUUAAGGCAUACACGAAAGAACAAGGACUUAUGCAAUAUUGGUCUCAUAAGAUCUCUUAUAUCAUUGCUCACCCACAGUACCCGAAGAUGUUUCUAUGGGUGUACCGACACGAAGGACGUAAAAUGAAGCUGGAUUUACGGUGCCAUGCAGUGCUGUGUAAAAGUGAAACGAAAGCGAAGCUACUUGAUGUUCAACUGCAUGAGAAACUUUCAUUUGCUCUGAAGGAGUUCGUGCGUGACAAGCGACGCAAGCACAACUCCCGACUCAUCUUCGAAAAGACGAAUUCUGAGUUAACGAACGGCUCCAUUCUACCCCUUCGGCAGCAAAUGCUCAGUCAAGGGGGGAAAUUUAAACCCCCUGUGAGUAAAAUGAAUUCAGCUCCCAAGCUGGGAUCGAUCUUUGAACUAGACGAGAAAGAAGAGGAGAGAAAAAAAGAAUUUGAUUCACUAGAAGAGGAAGAAGAGACAGAAGAAAAGCAAGUGACAAAGAGUAAUAUAUGUGCGGAUCCCAAAAAUGAUUUAAAGAAAGUGGAGUGUGAGGAAGAUGAAGAAGAAGGCCUUGGUGGAAUGAACGACAGCAUAGAUGAUGAAGAUGAUGAUGGUAAUGAUGCUGAUGACGACUUUUGUACAGAGAGUGACGUGAGUGACGGAAUCGACUCCCUGGCCCUUGACCCCGAGUCAGACAACAUCAGUGUGUCAUCGGACCAUGUAUGCCAGACUGAUGGACUAAAGCAGGAUGACAUGGAUUUUCUUCUUAGUAAACAAAAAAAAUCGGACUCAGACGGUGAAAGUUCUGAAUCGGGAUUUAGUGACAGCAGCAAAGAAAUCGGUCUCUACCGGGUCGAUGACGGUGAUAGGUUACACGAGGAAAGAGACGAUGUCGGCCUGGGAUCGAAUAACUGUUGCCUCAUGCAGUGUGAUAAAGUUACCAACUGCCAUAACGACGAUUCUUUCGAUGGUGAUAAUGAAGAUGAUGGUUUCGAAAGAAGCAGCAGCAUGAAUAGCAACAGCAGCGGCGACAGUAUUAGCAACGGCCACAACAAUAGCAACAACAAUAACAAGCAUACAAGAAACAGUCUUUUAGACAGCUCAACGAAAGAACAUAUUCAUUUGGAAAACACGACGACGACGACGCUGCAAGACAUCAACGAAAACAACAACAAAAUCACUAACCAGAGCACUAAGAACAAUGACAAGAACAACAACAACAACAACAACAACAACAACAACAACAACAACAACAACAGUCUUAUCACAGAAUCUCUAAAUUCGUCCUCUUCUUCAACAUCCUCGUCAGAAUCAUCAUCUUCAACGUCAUCAUCGUCAUCGAAAUCAUCGCUUGUGUCAUCAUCAAAUAAAUCUAACGCAUCCGCUUUGUCGCCAUCAUCUUCACUGCCCUCACCAGUUGUGAGUUCCAGUACGACGGCGAGUGCCAAGAUGGUACAGUUCUUGUGAGAGGCACCAGCGAAGGACGACAAUCCAGCGUUAGGCACUCAAGUCAACGACGGAUGUCAGCUACUACUUAUGGUGUCCCUCCCUAACCAAACUACACUAAACACUUGCCGUUCUUCAACUUUUUCUACAAUGGACCUAACCAAUUUGUGUAUAAAGCAAUCAAGAAAUCAAACUGCAAUAAACCAACCAUUCUCCUUGAAAUUCCGAUCACAAUGGGUUAAAACCAAGUUCACUGGGCAGGACCUAAACUGGACUUGUGUAUUUAUAUAGAAACACUAACACAUACAUAUAUAUAUAUGUAAUAUAUGAUAUAUAUAUAUAAUAAACAAUAUAUAUAUAUAGCUGUAAUCUUUGAUGUCAAAGAACAAUCUGUUAGAAAUCAAAAAAAAAAAAAACAAGAAAAACGAUAUUGAAAGAAAAAGAGAAAGAACUAACAUCAUUUCGGACAAUUGAAUUCUUGAAUUGAUGUUUCGAAUUUAACCCGGUGUGUAUGUGCAUACUUAUAUGUGCACAUUACUCUAGAUACUGGACGAGUAGAAAGAGGCUACAACUGCUAUGUUAGUUGAAUUAAAGACAAGAAAAACAAACAAUAGUGUUUAUUAAUUAAAACUGGUAGAAACCGGAUUCUCAACCAGAGCAACAACACAAUACAUGAAUGUAUGCAUCAACAUACUCACACCAACAUACACAGUCAUGUAUAUUUAUAUAUACAUCUCUCUCUAUAUAUAUAUGGAUGUAUGUACAUAUAGUAUAGUUGAUUACUAGCCUAGAUUAUUAACCCAGGUGGCUUGUGAGGUUUCACUAUAUGUAUACAUUCAUCCUCACCUGUUUGUAAAUUAAUCAAUGAAAUGUAGACUACAACGAAGAAACAAUGAUGAUAAUGAUGCCAAGAAGGAAGAUGGUGAGAAAGAAGAGGAUGAAAUAUAUGAUGAAGUUAACGAUGGUAAUGACGAAGUAAAUUACGAGAGUGAUCAUGAUGAAAGACAAUUAUAAAAGAAACUUUGAUACUAUACACAUGCACACACAUACACACAUAUAAACAUAUUGUAUAUAAUGUUGCUUGAAUUGUCCGAUUUUACAUUGAAUAGUGAUUGAUAAAAUGAAGAGACAAUAAAAACAUUCACUAUUUGAAAGAACUGUCUCCAGUUGUUUACAUUUAAAUCUGACCUUAUAUUAUACCAUAUCAUUCCCAAUACAACCAACAUCGCAAAUAGCUUCAUUAACACAGAUAUAAAACCAGUCCCCAUUUAAGCAAAUAACAAAUAUUUAGGCAGGGUUGAAUAGUUAAGAAAUUCACUUCAUACUAAAGUGAAGCAGAUUUCACACUCAGCACACGGCUCUUGUUGAAGUGGGUUUAGAUUUUUUUUUCUUAACCAGAGCCUCAGGGUAACCCAUUGUUUCUGGUUAAAUUGGGUUGAUAGAAAACGUGUGGAGGCCUAUAAUAGGGACUGUGUCUGAUCUGUAAUGCAAAAGUUACAUACUGUGUCACACUCUGUGUCACAUUCUGUGUCACACUGAAUGUGACUUAGAAUUACAUUAAGAUUAUAUGUUUUUGAAAUACUCAAAACCUAUGUAAAUUCAAUGGUUAAGCUCCUCCAUUGAACAAAGAGUUGAAUACUAUUGAAAUUGAGGGAUACAAAUUUUAUUUUUUAUAUAUAACACCCAACACACACACAAUAUAUAUGUACUUAAUAUCUAUCUAUCUAUCUAUCUAUCUAUCUAUCUAUCUAUCUAUCUAUCUAUCUAUCUAUCUAUCUAUUUAUCUAUUUGUCUAUAUAUAUACUUAUAUGUAGACACAUUUAUAUGUACAUACACAGUUUCAUACACACAUGAGCAUUUUAAAAUUCCAUUCAUCAAACUUAACACCCACCUCAACAAAAACAUUCCAAUGAAAUCCAAAAUUAUUUCAAUUGAACUUUACAAACUAUCAACAUUCUCAGAGGUGGGAAACAAUAUGAAUGAAGUUCAUACAUAAGUCACCGAACCCUGUGGAAUACGAGUAGCAAGUGAUAUGAGUUUAUUAAUUUAUAAUACUGCCUAAUGUUUUUUGUAUGUUAUUUUCGUAAUAAAUGUGUAUACCAGCAUAA